UAAUUAUACAAUGUGUCACAAUGGUGAAAUCAAGCAGAGGUGUAAUGAUAGUAACAGAUGCCAAUGUUCAGCGGGAUUCUUCGGUAAACACUGUGAAUAUUCAGAUGGAAAAGACACAAGGUUCAUGGUAAUUUUUCACGCAGGAGAACGAUAUACUACGCGGACCGUUUUGGUAGCAUCAGAAAAUACUGCACGUCUUUCAUUACGCUAUUUCAACCAUACAAAUCAGUCUAUCAUCAUUGACAAAAAUAAUACAGAAUAUAGUCUGAGUAUCAGUGUUAUCCCGUCUGAUGGGAUACAUUUAGCAGGAGUAGGACUUCUCUCCGAUGUGAGAAUAAAUGUUUACGGAUUUUAUUAUGGGAACCAGUUCUCUGAGGGAUUCUUAUCCAUGCCUAUGAAAUUUGCCUCUACAAAAUACAUUAUACCGACCUUACCUUUAUUUUUGGAAAGUUACAAUAAGAAUAUAUUGGCACUUUCACCAGUUUUUCAAAAUACAGCUGUCAGUAUAAAUUUAAAAUUGGAAAACGGUUUUAUAACGUAUAAAAGCAAGCAAUAUAAUAACAACGACACAAUUAGAAUUGUUAUAAACAAAUAUAACACUUUUCAGUUAUCACAUGCUUCUGACCUAUCAGGAACUUUGGUUACAGCUUCAAAACCAGUUAUUGUGGUCAGUGGUAAUCGGUGUAACUUUGCAGUACCACAAAAAAUCAACACAGGUGGUUGUCAACCAUUCAUUGAAUUGGUAUUACCAACUAACCAACUAGAUAAUCUGUUCAUAACACCACAUAUAUCGACACGUUUGAAUAACACUGUUCGUAUUCAGGCGAUAAACAGUACUUAUUUAACCAUUAAAACUGGUAAAAAGACAAUAUCAAAAACACUAAACGCAAGAGAUUUCUUGGAUUUUUACUACAACACUGUUUCUCUUAUUUUAUCAUCGGCUGACAUACUUGUCAUCUCAUAUCCACAUGGGUUAGAAAGAGGAAAAGGAGAUUCGUUUAUGAUGACGAUUCCAGGAGUAAAUCAAUAUCUUAAUAAAUAUGAUUUCGUUGUUCCAAAAGCAUUUGACAGCUUUAUAAGCAUAACAGUACGGAGAGAUGCUGUUGAUGGUUUUUUGCUGGAUGGAAAUUCUUCCAAUAUUCGAAGUAUGUUUAGCAUUUCUGAAGGGAUGAAUAAUUUUAGCACUUUCAGUGUGCCUAUAUUAGCAGGAUUUCAUCAUAUUGAACAUAGAAAUAAAGUUCGGUUUGGAUUAUGGGUUUACGGGAAUAAAUUAUCCUUUGAUGGAUACGGGUACCCUGCUGGGAUGGCUUAUAAAACUUGCAAUUAAGUAAACUUACUGCUUGUAGACUUCCAUUGUCAUCUGCAGAGAACAGUAGUACGUCAGGAAAAUACGGAUAUUGUUUAAAACUAAUUUGCUGUAACAGUUAUAAAAUUUUAAAAUUAUUUUCGACUAAGGAACACAUCUCCCGCAUGAAAGCUCUGAUUCCUUGUCCGGAAUUAGCUUUACUUUAGGUUCUUUCUGGUUUAAUCAGCUCUUCAACGUUUGUAAGAGGUUUUGGAUUUUAAAAUGUAUUGUCCUCGAGCAUCCCUGAAGAGACAUGAAAUGUCAGUGAAAUUAGUACUGUUAAUUUAUAAUAUAUUACAUUUACAGUUACUUUGUUUUUAAACGAUCCGACAUUAAAAGUUACCAAAAUAGACGUCUACAGGAAAACAUAUAUUCUUAAACAAUGAAGUAGUACCCACGCCGUAUGAUAGCUUAUCUAAACAAAAUAUGAAUUUAUUCAACAAUAGAAACCUCUCGGAAAUUGUGUUUUCCUCACUGAAAACAAAAUAAGAAGGUAAUUAAAGAAACUUAAAGGCGCAUUUACUAUCCACAUAGUUUUGCCCCACUAAUAUAUUAAAAUUCAAGCAGUAUUUAGGUGACAGAAAUGUUAUGGUUAUUCUUUUCCAGACGUAGUAGAUAAUAUAAUAGAUGUGAUUAUUUUAAGUAUUUUUUGGAGUACAGGUGGAAGGAAUUCAUACAUGUUGCUUUCCUUUAUUUCAUGACAUCCUACAGAAUCGGAAGUAAUGUUUUGUAUGCCUUUGAAUGGUUGACUCUCAAAACCAGAAUUCAAUUGACGGUUAAGUUCACAUUGUGUAUAUUUAUCUGAUAGUAGCCCAUAGUACUCUCCUUUUGUGGAUAGUUUUCAUGCAGUUUUACAUUUGAUUUGUAUUUACCUUUUUCUCGAUAAUGCUGAUCUUGAUCGUUAAACUUGUUAACCGCACAUUGAUGUUUUGGUGACAUUGAUUUUGAACUGAGCUUGACAACGUUAUCAGAAUUCUAUUUUGACAAAACAUUGUUGCAUUGUUAAUGUUACAAGUUACUGAUGAAUUCAUUGUAUUUUGAAAAUAAAUUCUGCUUUAUUGUCAGAUUUAAGUGUCUA